UCUGCGUUUUUCCAUGCAUGUUUCCGGUACUCGACGGACAUAUAGUCCAUUUUAGGAUAUGUUUAGUUUAGUUAACUGACUAAUAAUUUCUAGGAUUUCCCAUAGGGUAAGCAUAUAUUCUGCAUAAGUUUUUGGAAUGAAAUGAAACAGGGGUGUGUCUUUUCGAAGAAACUGUAAAGAAACACGCCUCCGUGUCAUUUACUGCCAAAGAAACUGCGUCUUACGACAACGACCGACCGAUACUAUUCUGAUAACACGUUUUAGCUCUGUGGUUAUGUCUUAUAAUUUAGGUUAAAGGUAGAUUGCUGUUUUUUUAUUUAUUUUUAUUUAUUUUUUAUUAAAUCUAAGAAUAAGUCUCUCAUUGUUAUUUCGGUUUCUUAAAUUUCGUGGAUUUGUAUUUGAAACGGCAUGAUGUUGGCUUUUUGUCGUUCAUUGAUAUUCCUAAUGGUUUUGGUCACGGCGGUUUCCACACUGGUUCCACCUCCAGAAAAUGUGACAGUGAGCUGUAACAACUUACAGACAACUGUUGAUUGGAACCACAGUGAACUGCUUCAUCGACCUCUCUUCAAAUUGAAAAUAACUGGUGAUCACAGUUCGUGGGAGAAUUCCACUAAACAGCAUCAUUAUGACCUCUCCCCCUUGAUGUGGAAUGCUAAAGAACUGGAUCGCUACUUUGUGAAGAUAACGGCCAUUGAUGAAAUGGAGGAAUCAGCAUCUCAGAAGUCCUCGAUAUUCACAUUUAAUAGAUACCUUACAGCUGACAUCCACUGCAAGUUGGAUUUCCCUGCUGUAAAAGUGUCAAUGAAGGAUAUGAAGGUCACAGUGAGCUUCGACAACCCCUACCACCUGUACACAGAACUGAAAGAGUCUCGCAUGGGUGACGAUGACAAACGCUUCCUAUCCCAAGUAACCUAUGAAAAUACUAAUCACACGUUUGAGUGCCAGAUAGAAGACAAAGUCUGCCGUCAUGACUUCACAGUCCUGGGGAACAAGGAGAAGUACUGUGUUAGUCUGGAGGGGAAUUCAAUGGGCCACCGAGUUAUGUUCAACAGAAAAGGGCCCAUCUGUGUCAAUGAAGACAAAACAGUUUCACUGGAAUCAUUUUUGCCAUUGAUCAUCAUUGGCAUUGUGGCCUUUGUAGUCUUUGUGACAAUAAGACUCUGCAAGAGAAGCAUGCGGAAAAGAAACUUGUCCAAUUUCCCAAAGACUUUGGCUUCAAUCUUAUCAAACUCACACGACAAGAAUAUAAUGGACCUGCAAUUUGAGAUCAUAGCGCACAUCAGUGGCAUAGAACCAGUUACCACCACAUCCCAGAGCCUGUUGGAAACUUCAGAAGAGGAGCAGGAACCGGUUGAGAGUCCGACCAAUAGCGUUGGAUUUUCGGCUAACCCCUUUAGUUCUGGGCAGGUGGGAGAGGGCUUAUCGGACAGCAGGAGCCAAUUACGGACUGAGCUUCAGGUGACACAGCCAUACUCUGUGCUGCUGUGUGGAGAUGACUCCGAGGAAUCAGAGGACAUGGAUUCCACAGCUUCUGGCUAUGACAGACAACACAUUCCUCUACAAGAGGUGGAGGUGGAGAUGAGUGCAGGAGAUGUAGUGGUGGGCUAUGGCUUUGUGUGAUGUAUUGUCUCUACCUUCUUGCCCUUUGUGCUAUUGUCUGUGUAAUGUUUUGCGGCUACCAUGUUGUCAUGUGUUGCUGCCAUGCUAUGUUGUCGUCUUAGGUCUCUCUUUAUGUAGUGUUGUGGUGUCUCUCUUGUCAUGAGUUCUGUCCUAUAUUUUUAUUUUAUUUUGUAUUUUUAAUCCCAGCCCCCUUCCCUGCAGGAGGCCUUUUGAUAGGUCGUCAAUAUAAAUAAGAAUUUGUUCUUAACUGACUUGCCUAGUUAAAGGUAAAAAAAAAUAAGUAGAGAAAUGUUUAUGAAUUUUUGUACAUUUUAUUUAAAACUUUUUUUUAACAAGGCAAACCCUAACCCGGACGAUGCUGGGCCAAUUGUGCACCACCCAAGGGGACUCCCGAUCACAUCAGGUUGUGAUACAGCCUAGAAUCGAACCACCUCUAGCACUGAGAUGCAGUGCCUUAGACCGCUGUGCCACUCGGGCUGACUCGGAGAACAGUCAGUGACAAAGUGCUCAAAGCCUCCAAGAUGGCAGGCAGUUAUACACCUGUACCACUCUUUCCACCUGAGCCAUUUAAGGAUAACAAUAGGGAUCUCUGACAACACUGGCCAACCUGUCAUACUGGAUUUACGACCAGCUUUAUUUACGUCAACCACUCUUCCAUGAAAAUAUGACCUUGUGGAUCAACGGCACUAAAGAUGUAGCACUGUAGGAUAAAAUACACCAAAUAGUAUGUAUCCAAGCUAACCGACUAGGCUGUGAGAUGCAAGGCAAAUAUCACCCACGACAUUGGCCAUCCACUGAAGUUGCAUCAAUUUCUUUCAAUGUUUACCAAAGCUUCAGGCCAACUGCCAUUAACCUGGUUAGAUAAUGAUUGCCACUCGGUAUGUUAUUUUCUGUGGUAUUUCUGUUUUUAAUGGUCCCUGGGAGAUUUCUGUAAGUCUAUCGCCAGUUUAAAUCUGUGUGCUGAACUAAUCUUCAGUAAACUUUACUCAGGAUGUAAAAAAUAUUUUGGGUGGUUGGGCAUUGAAAUAUAAUUGAAUAACCAAAUGAAUGUCACACACACAACUGUAAAAUAAAACAGACUAAGUAUUUAAUUUUUCUCAA